AUGGCGAGCGAGUCGGCAAACGAUGAUGUCGUUGCCGCAGCCGCCACUAGCAAACAGCACGACGACAGCCUUGAUGAAAACAGCCGCGAUUCGACUUCAAUGUUCAGCGUGAUCUUCAGUGAGGCUUUUGGCGGCCUCGGUGAUGAUGACGAUGGCGGAAAACGUAAGAGCCGAUCGCAACUUUCAGCAUUUGACCCCUUGUCUGUUCGAGUAGACGGCGAUGGCAAUCGUGAUGUUGAAAAGCGCAACAGUCAAUCGCGGUUUUCGGCUUUUGGAUCUUUGUCUCCGGUUCGAGUAGCCGGCGACGGUAAUCGCGAUGGUGAUAAGGGCAACAGUAAACCGCAGUUUGCGGCUAUUGAACCCAUGUCUUUGGCUCGACUAGACUACAGUGGCGAUCGUGAUGGUGAAAAGCGAAACAGUCAACCGCGGUUUUCGGCGUUUGAACCGUUGUCGGUUCGGGUAGACGGCGAUGGCCAUCGCGAUGUUGAAAAGCGCAAAAGUCAACUGCGGCUUUCGGCUUUUGGACCUAUGUCUCCAGUUCGAGUAAAAAAUGGCGGCAAUCGUGAUGGUGAAAAGCGCAACAGUCAACCGCGGUUUUCGGCUUUUGAACAUUUGCCGGUUCGAGUAGACGGCGAUGGCGAGUGCGUUGGUGAAAAGCGCAACACUCAACCGCGGUAUUCGGCUUUUGAACCCUUGUCCAUGGUUCGAACAAACAAAAAUGACAAGAAACAUAACAUUCCAUCAAGGUUUCCUGAUUUUGACCCCUUGUCUUUGGCUCGAUCAGCAGACGGCAGCGAUCGUGAUGGUAAGAAGCGAAACAGUCAACCGAGGUUUUCUACUUUCGACCCCUUGUCUUUGGUUCGAGCAGACGACGACGACAGUGAUGACGACGGGAUAAAGCGCAAGAAUCAAUCACGGUUUUCAGAUUAUGAUUCCUUGUUUACGCCUCGAGUAACCGACGACAGCGAUUAUGAUGGUAAGAAGCGUAACAGUCAAUCACGGUAUGCGGAUUAUGAAUCCUUGUUUACGCCUCGAGAAACCGACGACGGCGAUCGUGAUGGUAAGAAGCGCUACAGUCAAUCGCGGUACGCAGAUUUUGAACCCUUGUCUGUGGCUCGAGUAACCGAUAACGGCGGUCGUGAUAACAAAAAGCACAGCAGUAAAUUUCGGUUUGGGGAUUUCGACACAUUGUCUUCGGUUCGGAAAUCCGACGACGCUGAGAAGCGUAAAAGUCUGCCGCGGAUUCCGGAUUAUGAUCCGUUUUCUUUGGCUCGAAUCGCCACCGAAAGCUAUCGCGAUGGCGAGAAGCGUAACAGUCAACCGUGGUUCGCGGAUUACGAACCUGCGUCUUUGGCCCGAUUGCCCGACAGCGGCGCUACUAGCAAGAAGCGCAACAGUAGUAAAAAUCGGUUUUUGAAAUUGGACCGGUUGGCUUUGUCUCGAGUGUCUGACGAUGAUGACUACGACGACGGGAAGUACAGCACUCAGCCACGGUUCGAGGAUUUCAUACCCGGGUCUUUGGUGCGAGUGCCCGACGGCAGCGGCAACAGGAAGUACAAUGGCAAUAAACAUCGGUACGCGAUUCACGACUUCAAGGUUCGGCAAGCCAAUGAAGGCCGCGGCGAAAACGCGAAGUACAAUACUCCGCAGCGCUUUAUAACGAACGCCUCGGCGCAAGGCACGGCGCGGACCGACGACGACGGUUUUGACUAUCAAGCGCGGUUUAAAGCGUUGCGUCCGCUCAAGAAGGACGCCGGUGAACGCGACGUUGCCCGUCACGGAAACGGACCGCUACAGGACGUUGCGGCCAGUUGA